CUCAAGCCAUUCGCCGCUUAUAUACUGAUUUCGAUACAGGAGUUGGAGUUAAUGUUGUUUAGCACUAAUGUGUCCGAUAGUUAUGGCGCCGAUUACGACGGACCCGAUUAUUAUGGAGCCCCCGGUGUCGAUGAUUACCCCGAUGUGGGUCAUAAUGUUGCUGUGGGACCCGCCCAUCGCGAGCUUGAUACAGGACCGUCGAUCGCAAUAAUUCGUAACGACUUGAACGACACUCAACGGGAAUUCACGGUACGGACCAUAGACUUUGCGUUCAACGUGUGCGCCAACAGCUAUACAUGCGUUACGUACAAAACAGUCGGUGCACUCAAUCAGCAAUACGUGGCCCACAAUCGGGCGGACAGUAUGCCGGGCACCGACGACGGGCCUGACAGUCAGUGGCAGUGCAUUGUCACCAGUAAUACGGCUACCGAUCAACUGGUGGUAGGCGUCGACUAUAUGUCCGGUUCAUUACUGGAUGUUAUUUACGGCAAUAGACAUCGUGUGGUUGUAUUCAAAGUUGAACAUGUUCACCGAGUACAGAAAUCAGAAUUGACUGAAUGGGAUGUAAUAAAAAGUGCCCGUAAGAGUAUCCAGCUGAAUAAAACAAUAAUUAUGGACCAAAACCUCAUAGCACCCGCAAGUCACGGGCGGCUAAACAGUCGGUCCCUACCCUUCCCGGCUUUUAAACAGCCACAAAGCCUAACAGCUAUGGCUAUGAAAGAUAUACGUCGGGCUGUUAUGACCCAAACAAAGUAUUGGUCUAUUUGUCAGCGGUUGACACACGGGGGCGAUAUUCCGGGCCAGUUAUGGUGGGCCGAGUGUGUGGCCGGCGCUCAGCACACGUUCUCCAGGGCUGUCGCCGACAAUCGUUACGAUAAACACUAUUUGAUUGUCAAAAUGGAUGGACUGGUCAUCAUAUUGUUUCAGAAGUUGCCCGAUGUUAUUGUUGAUACAAAACAUAUUCGUGCUGGCUAA